CCAGCUCACUCAUCACCUUCUUGCCGUGGUUUCAUGUGUAAUACGUCACAGGAAUCCAUUACAAGGAUGUAGCACAGUAUGUUCUUAGUUUUAUCAGUUAUGACUUACUCUGGCGAACUUUGAGCGCAAGUAUCUGAUGUGGAGAGUUAGAAAGCUUCUCCCUAUCUCUAUAAUGGCCAGACGCUUCCCACGACCGUGCUACAGUAGUAUGUGGUGGUUACACAGACAAGAGGUCAUCAUCAAAGUCAUCUCCUUUAUGUUGAAAUCUCACCGCGACAGUCGAGUUGCAGGUAGUCUCUUAGUAACCGCUCAGAUGCUCCAUUUACUAGUAUAUUGUUUGUAUGCCCAUGAUUAAGACUAUAAUGUGAAAUAUGGAGUGGUAUAGACACACAAGGCAUGCAAAUAAUUUUGAGAUAAGGAUACCAAAUUAUAACAACCGGGCAGAUGGUGUGAAGUAAAUAUCUUGUUUCCUGCACAUUUCAUCUGCCCCAUCUUCUUCACACAAUAUCAGCUCAACUUUCUGUUGCUAUCAAUACAUUUCCAUAUCUUUUUUUCCCACAUCUGUCCCUUUAAUAUUUGCUUUAAUCUCGAGGGGAGGACGCGAUAUCACGGAUGUGUUUACAUUGAUCAGCUGAUCGGCUUGUUGGCAACUUGCGGUCCUCGGAGGCUGCACGAGGACACACACAUAAACGCACAAACUCUGUCCAUCACCAUAACCUGUCCGGCCAGUGCAAGAAAACAGCUUUCAUGACAUGCAAUAAUCAUAGAAGAUUAGCAUGAAAUAAUCACAUGAAGAAUGAGUGGAAGCAGAUCUAUAAGCGUGAACAUAAACCCCAAGGUUGCAGUGGUGACAGCCUUGGGGACAGGCAUAGUGAUUGGUGCAGGUGUGGCUUACCUCUACACUCGUUUCCAUGAGCACACUCACCUUGUGCAGCAGAUCACAAACCUGCAUGUCUCUAUCUUGGAGGUGCUGAAGAAGGACUUGACAUCCACACAGUCUGGACAAGAGAGGCCAUGUUCCUGUGGGCGCUGUUCGUCCCUGUCCACCCGCUCGCCGCGCUUCAGGAAGACAGUCAGCUUCAGCAGCACUGCCACCACCGCAAGCUACAGGACAGCACCAGAGGGGGAUUCUGACAACAACCGAGCCAAUGACACUGAUUAUUUCUCUCCAGAUGAAGAUGAUGAUGAGUUCUUUGAUUUGUCAGCAGAUGAAAGUGAAGGAGCAAUUGUGUUUGGGAGCCAAGGGGACGAUGGCCGGCUGAAAAGGGAAGAAGACCAGACAGAGGAGGACCAGCUGAGCCGUUUGCUGGAACAAGUAGACAGCCUGGUUGAGGGAUGUGAGGAGGAUCAGACCCAGGCCUACAAUUUGCUCAAGGCUGAGGAACAAUUGUACUAUAAAAAUGCAGAGUUCCUGUGGAGACUUGCCAAAUCCACAAGAAACAUGUCAUGUAUUGAAGAAAAACAUGGCAAUCUAGAAAGCAAGAAAACAUAUAUAUUUGAAGCAUAUAGAUAUGCAGCGCAGGCCCUGGAGCUGGAUGAGCACAGUGCUGAGGUGCACAAGUGGUAUGGAAUUCUGGCUGGAGCAAAGGGAGAAUUUUUGAGCACAAAGGAGCGCAUUCACAAUGGACAGCUGUUUAAGUUACACAUUGACCGUGCUUUAGAGAUUAAGCCACAAGAUGCAACGCUACACCACCUUCUGGGACGGUUCUGUUAUGAGGUGGCACAGCUGUCCUGGCUGGAGCGUAGAGUGGCAGCUGCACUGUUUGCAGAGGUUCCGUCUGCCACCUUUGAAGAGACCCUGGAACACUUUAUGGCAGCAGAGAAGUUGAGACCAUCAGGAUGGAAGGAGAAUAGGCUCUUCAUAGCCAAGUGCUACAUCCUCAUGAAUGACUUCUCCCUUGCCUCAGCCUGGCUGGAGCAGGCAGCUUCAGCACCCAGUGUAACGCCUGAUGUAGGUCCUGCCAGGAUGAGAUUGUUCACAAAGAAAUACAAGAGCUGCAGAGCAAGUAUUCCUAGGAGGGUGGAAGGGGCCACGCAGUGAGUAUUCAAGACUGAGGUGAUAUUCAUGGUUGUUCUUUUAUAUAUCCAUGCCCAGUGUAAGUGAGUAGGUAAGUUUGGACUGUAGAUGUGCAGGUUUUACCAAUUUUAUUAGCGUCUGGAGACAAAGCUUAAGGUAUAUCUAUCUGUGAUGGUGGUUAGCAAUCUUAGGUGGAAAUUUUUAGGAGUGUUCUUACAUGUAGUACAAUAUAUUAUCAUAAGUGUAACGACAUACUACCUUUGACCAGUUAAAAUGUAUUUAUGCUUUUUGUGUAUAUUGAAAUCUCAAACAAAAGUAUGGAUAAGUACUGAGUAUCUCCAACGAUGGAGAGUAAGAUGCUUCUUGGAGUCUAAGGCAUCCCUCUCCAGAUAUAUAAGACCAAAAGUUCGGAUUUUUCAUGUUUUAUCGCUCACUCUGGUGACCAAAUAUGCAUCUUAGCCCUGGUGGUGACGUGCAUGUAUAUUAGGUAUUAUUUAUUGUUAUCAAUGUUGUUAUUAUUUAUUUUCUUGCUAAAUCUGUGGUCAUCAUGUAACAAGGCUUCUGCCGGUGUCAAAAUGCUUAAACUAAAGCAAUGUCGAAGUCCAUGGUAAUAAAAAAAAUGUUUAGUAA